CGCCCCAUCACGCCGUACGGAUGAAUCUGCGCACGUCGAUACGCGUAAAACGGGUCUAUGGUCGACCUAGGAGGCUGGAUGGGAGAUUGAGAUAGCGGAUGGAGGACAGGCUGGCCCUCCAAACUUUGGCCAACGGUUUUACUGACACCAUCCCUUCCCGUUCCCCUCUUUACUCGCUAGAUGAAGACCGAGAUCGACUCCUUCUCCGGCUACCGUAUCUACCCCAGCAAGGGCCGGCUCUUCGUGCGGGGAGACAACAAGAUCUUCCGCUUCGCCACCUCCAAGAAUGAGUCGCUCUUCCUCCAGCGCAAGAACCCCCGCAAGAUCGCCUGGACGCAGGUCUACCGUCGCAUGCACAAGAAGGGUAUCACUGAGGAGGUCGCCAAGAAGCGCUCCCGCCGCACCGUGAAGCACCAGCGUGGUAUCGUCGGUGCCGACCUCGCUGCUAUCGCUGCGCGGAGGAACCAGACCGCUGCCAUCCGUGCCCAGGCAAGGACCGCGGCCAUCCAGAAGGCCAAGUCCGAGAAGAAGGCGAAGGAGGACAAGAAGGAGAAGAAGCCCGCUACUCGUGGCCCCACCACCACCGCACCCCGGGUAUCGAAGCAGCAGAUGAAGGGUGGCAAGGGCGGCCGUUAAGUGUACUCGCUUCGGUCCUCUUCCUUCGUUAUGAUACAUGCUUUCGUCUUCCUCCUCGCGCAAAAUGUAUGGGUCUAGCAUGCCUCCACCACGAUGACAUUAUGCUACGGCAUGCCGUUGGAUCGAAAUACCACUGUAAAAC